ACGCUCGUUGCGCUCUUUAGAAUAAAUGAUAAUAAACAAAAAGCAGGGAGCACUAACCCACGAUCUGUGGCUCAGAGGGCGGACCGGCUCGUUGUGUUUUGUGAUGAGUUUCUGACAAAUUCGUCAAGUGCCCAUGUUGCCAAUCGGACGGACAGCGUGUAUACCGUAGCGGAGGUUGGAGACGCGGAGCUUGCACCUGGACGGACGGACGGACGGACGGAGGGAGAGAGACACUACAGCGCAGUUUGGACUCAUCUCCAGCGCCGAGCGAGUUAAAACAUAAGACGAGGAGCUCCAUUUUCUUUACUUUUCCUGUGAAUAGAGGUAUGAAAUAGUCCAGAGAGGGGGUGUAAACCUAUUUUGAUGGAAACGCGGAGAGGGGUUCCGGCAGCUGUCCAUAUCCCUACUCGAUAGACUGAUAUCCGCACGGAGCUUUCCGCCAGUUUUUCACCCACCCAGACUGCGAUGAGUUUCUCUGAUCGGCAGAAGUUCACGGACGAGCCCCCUUUUGCGUUAAAUUAUUUGUAAUCUACAUUUUUCUCGCCGGACAUACCGAUUAUAAAAUGAUCAGAGACGCAUAGAGAUUAAAACCCCACUUGCAUCGAUUUAAAAAAAGACUUCCUGACCCUGCGAGGGAUCUACAGUGUAAUUCUGUCACCCAGCUGAAGAACUGAGGAAACGCUGCUGGCUUUGAUUUCCUCCCGUUGCACCGGUUUCCUCUCCAGCUUGUCCGCUAUUUUGAUCUCUGCAUGAAAAGUCAAGCGGAAAGUCUUGCAGCAGCAUGCCGAGGAGAAAGCAGCAAGCACCGCGGCGGUCAGCAGCUUAUGGGCCUGAGGACGAAUUGAAAGUGGAUAAGAUUGAUGAAGAGGAACAUUUGCAAGAUGACGGCCUUUCCUUGGAUGGUCAAGAUGCAGACUAUCUUUUCAAUGAUGACGAGGAUGCAAGAGAUCAUUAUAGCUGCCAAAACUCUCCCCUCAGCAAUGGCACUAACCCAGACGCUGGGUACGCCUCUCCACUCAGCACCACCAGUGAUCAACUGGUGGACCUUAAGACCACGUCCUCUUUCAAUUGUCAGGACAAGGUAAAGGAGAAACUAGGGGAGAACACAGAGCCCAUCAAUGGUCUCUCACUACAGGACAGUCUAUCACAAAUGAAAGCAGUCUAUGCAAACCUGAUCUCUGAUGCCUCCUGGUCCAGCAUUGCUCUGGACAUGCUUAAAAGUAAACAAGGGAACAAUUAUGCAGUUAGCAACGGCAAUGGGAGCAAUCACAAAGGGAGCAAUGGGUUCUUGAACAGUCACAGCCCCAGCAACAUCCAUUUGAAGAGCAGAUGUAGCACUAGCAACGCCUCAGCCACUACUAAUAUUACCACCAGCAGUGCUAGCACCAGAACAGUGUCAAGCAACAGUGGCACUAGUGUAAGCUCUGGUAGCACAGGAGGAUUAGCCUAUGACUGGCACCAGGCAGCGUUAGCCAAAACCCUACAGCAUACCCCAUAUCAACUCCUUCCUGAGCCGAGCCUUUUCAGCACCGUGCAGCUUUACAGGCAAAAUAGUAAGCUCUAUGGCCCUGUGUUUACGGGUGCUAGUAAGUUCAGGUGCAAGGACUGUAGUGCAGCCUAUGACACUUUGGUUGGCCUGACGGUGCAUAUGAAUGAAACGGGCCACUACCGUGAUGACAAUAAGGACACCGAGGAUGAUCGAAGCAAGAAGUGGUCCAAGCCACGUAAGCGUUCUCUGAUGGAGAUGGAGGGCAAAGAAGAUGCCCAGAAAGUUCUUAAAUGCAUGUACUGUGGCCACUCUUUCGAAUCCUUGCAAGAUCUCAGUGUUCACAUGAUCAAAACAAAACACUAUCAGAAAGUGCCUCUAAAAGAACCAAUGCCAGCCCUCACCUCAAAGCUGGUACCCCCAACCAAAAAAAGAGCAUUUCAAGACUUGAUGUCCCCAAGCUCACCGGAGUCUGUUUCAUCUGGUGUACUCCUGGGGGAGUCUCCCAAAGACCAAAAAGUGGCCAAUCCUUAUGUCACUCCAAACAAUCGAUAUGGUUACCAAAACGGUGCCAGUUAUACUUGGCAGUUUGAGGCACGCAAGGCACAAAUUCUCAAAUGCAUGGAAUGUGGCAGUUCACAUGACACCUUGCAACAACUGACAGCCCAUAUGAUGGUCACAGGGCACUUUCUCAAAGUAACCAAUUCAGCCUCAAAAAAGGGCAAACAGUUAGUCUUUGAUCCAGUCAUUGAGGAGAAAAUUCAGUCAAUUCCUCUGCCACCGACUAGUACACGACUUCCUGCACCCAAUGGGAAGUCACAGCCUGACUCCCCGUUGCAGCCCACUAGCCCUGAGGAGGAAAAUGGAGAAAAGAGAGAUGAAGAUGCAGAGGAAGAGAAAAUGGAAGCUAAGGAACCAGAGAAAAAAAUAAAAGAGGAAAAAGAAGAUACCCCUGAAAAAGCCGAUCAAUUUGGAAAGGUCAGAUCUUACCAAUAUCUGAGAGAAGAAGACUUGGAAGAGGCACCUAAAGGUGGCUUGGACAUCCUAAAGUCUUUAGAGAAUACUGUUUCAAGUGCAAUCAGCAAGGCCCAAACAGGUACACCAACUUGGGGUGGAUACCCCAGCAUUCAUGCGGCCUAUCAGCUCCAAGGAUCCUUGAAGUCUACCUUGCCUUCAUCUGCACAGGUUCAACCUUUCUUCAGCAGCAACAGUUUGAAGGUACUGUCGUCUGAUUUAGGCACUCUAAUCCAUUCACCAAAUAGCCCCUCUCCACCUCCAAGUCAUAAGAGCAAUGUGCUGGCCAUGGAGGAGCUAGUUGAGAAAGUGACAGGGAAAACAUCAGUAAAGAAUGAAAAAGAGGAAAAACCUGUUGAGAAUAGGUGCAGGUCUGCAAAGUCUCCAUUGCCCAAUCCUAAGGAUAAACACGCUUCACCCAAUCCAGACCUCUCAAAGGCAGUGAAAAAUACUGCAGCAGAGGACCAGACUAAGUUAAGAGGCAAAGGAGAGCAGACAGACAGUAAAGUAGAGACACAGAUAAAGAGUGAAGUUGAUUCUCCAAAAAGGCCUGCAAGCAAUGGCUGCAAUAACCUGAGCAUCAUCACAGAUCACUCGCCUGAACAACCACUUGUCAACCCUCUCAGUGCUUUGCAGUCUAUCAUGAACAACCACUUGGGGAAAGCUGCAAAAGUGGCCAGCCCCUUCAUAGAUCCCUUUGCAAUGCUUUAUAAGAUCAACUCUGCUCCGAUUAAGUCAGCAGAGGCUGUGAGUCAGUACCACGAUGAUGAUGAGCAGCCCAUGGACUUGACAAAAUCCAAAAACACCAAUGGAAAAACACCUAAGGGUACUUCUACAUCUAACAACAAUGGCAGCGUAAACAGCAGCAAGCCAGUUUUCAAAAACUUCUCAGAGUCUUCAUCUCCGCCUCUACGGGAGAAUGCUUUGAUGGAUAUUUCAGACAUGGUAAAAAAUCUGACGGGCCAUUUGACACCAAAGUCUACGACCCCUUCCUCCAUCUCUGAAAAAUCUGACAUUGAUGGCUGUACUUUUGAGGACAGCCUGGAGGAGCUGUCUCCCAUUCAAAGACGGAAAGGUCGCCAGUCAAACUGGAAUCCCCAGCACCUCCUGAUUCUGCAGGCCCAGUUUGCAUCUAGUCUUAGGGAGACUCCUGAGGGAAAGAUUGUGAUUAGUGACUUGGGACCCCAGGAACGGGUCCACAUCUGUAAAUUCACUGGUCUCUCCAUGACUACUAUCUCACAUUGGCUGGCCAAUGUAAAAUACCAGUUAAAGCGGACAGGGAGCACAAAGUUCCUAAAAAAUAUUGACUCUGGCCAACCUCUGUUUUUGUGCAGUGACUGUGCUUCCCAGUUCAGGACUCCCUCCUCCUACAUUCACCAUUUGGAGUCCCACCUUGGUUUUACCCUGAAGGACCUCUCAAAGCUUUCCAUAGAUUUAAUACAGCAGCAAGCAGUCAGCAGAAUAGAGGACAAGACUUUUAGUUCCUCUGGUCUUACAGAAGAAGACAGUGGCUCAAUAUAUCAGUGCAAACUGUGCAAUCGGACAUUUGUGAGCAAACAUGCAAUCAAAUUGCACCUUUGCAAAACACAUGGAAAGUCACCAGAGGACCAUCUUAUCUUUGUGAAAGAGUUGGAAAAGUUUGACAAACAAUGAAGAUAAAGCUGAUAGCAGAUUAAUGUUGCACUAUAACUCUCAGCUACAAUCUGUCAUAACAGAUAGUGCCACAACUGUAUUGAGCAUUGUUACGACACAUAUUGUAAUGAAGACAUGGUAGCUUUAAUACCACAUACUGUAAUUAUUCAGUUAUCCAUAAAUAGCAGGGCCUUGUAUUGCAGAGGCUAUGUUGUAAUUUUGAAUUUUUGGUGACAUAAACAUACCAAAUUGGUGCAGCAGCCAUGGCAUUAUGUAGUCACUGACUGGUUGUUGCUUUCCUAAUGCACUGCAUCUUAUCUGAGCCUUUGGAAAUCUCUAUCUGUUGUUUAAAAACUGGACCAUGCUCUUAUUUUGAUCACUGUUUUUGAAUGAUUUUUUCAAGAUAAAUAUAUUUCAACACAACUUGCAUAUUAUUUAUGAGCCAGUUUGUGCAUGUUUUUAUGUGAAACAGUGAGCAUAUUAUGUCUAAUGAAAUUUCAACCAUGAUGACAAAAAGGAUAUCCCUGUUUUUAACAAAUUUCGGAUAUAGAUGUUUAUAUGAAGGAUAAAUGGUAAAAGUAGCCAUGUGAAAGAUGAUCUAAAAUGUUAAGAUGAUUUCAGCACUUUAAGGAAGUGUAAAUUGAUGAACAAAUGAAUGGGUAAUGAUGACAAAACCCUUUUGAUUUUAAUUCCCUUGAUCUGCAAUUUGGGCGGCUAACUAUGAUAUCGUUUUGUAUUUGCCAUUCAUUCACCGAAAUUUUUACAAAAUGUUUAGAAUAUAAUUUCCUGGUUGUUUCAACAUGUACAGUAUUUGCAUUAGUAGGCUAUCAAUUUUAUUAUUGUGAAGCUACAGUUGUAAAAUUAAUGAAGUUUAAAACUUAUUGUAUGAAUAAUCAGCAAGGAUGUAUACAUGUAUGUCAGCAUAUCUUGCUCUUUACAGUUCAACAUUAUUUGUACUGUGUGCAUUUUUAUAAUGUUAUUUUCUAGACACCUAUGGGGGGAAAUGUUUAAAACUACAGAAUAUUAUCUGACCACAUUGUCCUUUUUCAGUGAAAAGUAGGUCCUUCAAUGUGGUUUACAUAAAAUGACAGAAUUUUACUGGCAUGAUACUGUACAUAACAUUAAAAAAUGAAUUCUCACCCAAUGAUAGAUUUCCAGGUUUUAUCAUGAACCCAAUUAUUCAGAAUGACAUUCUUUUAUCCUCAGUUGUAAAAUAAACAUGUCCUGGAUUAAA